ACAGAGCACGCAGCGCAUAUAGAACCUCCGCGGCCCACGAGUAACACUGGCACGCGAUAAAACAAUUCCUAACCGGUCAUUAAAAAGAAAACGUCAAUAGUUCGCGCGCGAUCCAAAUUCAAAAUUCGUAUUACGUUUUGGUGAUGUGUUGGAUUUUGUGUUUCCAUUUUUGUGAUUUUAUUCAGUAAAAACAAUCGAAAUUGGAUUAAUUUUUUCGACGUACAAAAUCAGUAUUAUGAAUCAACUUACCGCUGCUCUAAUUGAAGCAAAAUGCUAAUGAAGAAUGGGCUGGACGCCCAUGAGGAACUAAAGAGAUGGUGACUUGUGACGAUAGUGCGUCAGUGGGCGGAUUCCACUUGGGUAGUCGAGAAGAUGAGGCCUACCGAUCCCGGGCACCCAGCAUUUCGUCUGUGUCGAUGUAUAAGCAGAAAAUCGAUGCACUGUUCGAUGACAGCAAGUCUAUAGCCAGCCUUCACCAAUAUGGGGCAUCAUCGGAUGAUAGGCAGUUAAGCAGACGAGAGAGUAAGAGCAAUGUGGCACAAUGCAAUAAAAAAACAAUAUAUGAAGAUGAAGCCGAUUAUUUUGAAACCAAGAUUCAGAAAAUUAACAGUACAGUCCAAGAUCGUAUAGAAAAAAUGUUCUCAGAUAUGGCAGGAGAGUCAACAAAUAGCAUUGAGAGUAUAGGAAUUCAUGUUUUUAAUGUACAUUACCUUGGCUCCACACCUCUUCAAAAUAAAGUUACAAGCCUUUCUGGUUUGCAGACACCUCUUAAAGAUUUAUAUUUCGCAUACAGAAGAAAUUUUCGACAUAAAAAUUCCUUAACAGGACGUUUAGAAAUAUCUAAAAGUGGACUAAAAGUGCGAUAUAAAGGAGAAAAAGGAGACCUAGAACAAUUGAACCCUUUUCCUACUAUAGCUGUUUGGUCAGCCGUUAAAUUUGUAGUCCAAAGUUCCGGUAAUAAAUCCAACGAACCAACCUAUGCCUUCUUGCCAUUGAUCACUGAUCCAGAUAAUAUCGAUCGGCAAGCAUUGUUCAAACAACUAGAAUCAUCCGAAAAGAAAUAUAUCCUCUCCAACAACGAAAAUUCACUAUCACCGAUUUUUGCUGUUGUGAUGAGAAAGAUUGGUUUUGCAAAACAACUCGAGUGUCAUGGUUUUGUAUGUCAGACAACCGAGGACGCUAUUGUCAUAGCAGCCACGUUAUACAAAUCCCUUAUGUCACAUAUGAGUCGCCAGGGUCAAAUAAAUAAUAAAAAAUUUAAAAAUCGAAAUGGAGUUAGCUGUAUGAGUACUGCUAGUAGUAUACCAACAAAUGAUGUACCAGUAAGGCCCCCACGAAAAAAACGAAGUACUUCUUCAUACAGCGGCGAAAGUGAUAGAGCUGAUGGUUUUUCUGCAAGUGAAUCAUUUACUGAAAAGAGCAAGCAAGAAAACUUUAAAAAUAAUAGUAAUCUAUCUCUCUCAUCUCCUCCAGUUGUGCCUCUUGAGGCAAAAUGUAUAACUGUUGAAGAAGUAAAAGUUAAAUUAGAUAUUCCUAAUCAAAAUCAAAGCAAUAAAAGUGAUAAAAAUGAAUUCAGCAGAAAGAAGUUGACAGAAAGGUUAUCGCAUUUAAAUGGUAAUGAAAUAAAUUCUCAAAAUCCACAAAGUAGCAGUGAAUCAUCAGUACGUAGUAAAGUAUCUGAGAAGAUAGAGUUAUUUCGUGAGUUGGAGAGAAGGAAAAGUAUUCAAAGACCACCGAUAUUACCGCCACCGAUUCCAAGUAAACCAGUUCAAUCUCAAUCUGAGCUAACUAAAGAGCCACUUCGUCGAACCCAUAGUGGAAGAAAACUAUCAAUGGAAGGCGGUGACAUUCUAACAAAAGUUGCUAUACCGAGAUCUGGAAGCUUUCUUAAUGCGGGAGGAUUAACAAGAUAUAAGUCAAUUGGGCACAGAAAUAGUGGAAAAAAAGGAGGUGGGUCACCUCUGGGAUUCAACGAAUUAUUUAAUGAAUUUAAAGUGCAAGAAAAUUUACAUUCAAUGGACGAAAUAUUAAAUGCAAUUAUCGAUCCCGAUGGAAUGUCGUUUAAUGAUUUAAAACCCAUUUACAAAGAAUUUUUGUUAAAACUUGCAGUUACAUUAACUAAGGAUGAAAUAUUUCAGCACAGUAAAGCUAUAAUGAGGAAACAGAAAAAGAAAAAGUUAAGGCGUGGAAAUACAUUUCAAAUAAUGAAAAGAAGAAAAUUUUUCAAGGGCACUGGAGCUUUACGAAAAGUCUUCAGAUUACCUUUCAGUCGAGAAAGAAAAAAGGAAAAGAAAAGGAAAUUGCAAUGUAUCGAUGUAAAAGAUAAUAAUGUCAAAAAUAAAGCAUCGGAGAGUUCAGUGUCUACAUCAAGUUAUGACUUAAGACAAUUCAAACCAAAGGAACCACCGAUACCAGCACCUAAAAGGCAAACAAUGAGACAAAGAAAUUCAAGACGUUCCGAUAAAGGUCACACUUCUAAAAGACGUGGUAAAAUAAGGCGCGGUGAAAGAACUUCGUCGGAAGACUCUGAUUUUUUAACUUUAAGCAAUAGGCUAGGCUGUCAAAAUCGUAAUAGCUCGAGUGGAUAUGUGUCAUGCUCUGAAUGUGAAUCAGAAAGCUGCAUAGAUAGAUGUUACUGCUCUCUAAAGAAUGAUUGUCAAUCGAAAUGCUACUGCUCCGCUAUCGAAACUGGUAAAGAUUCUGCAAAGGAAAGACUAAUACAAAAAAACUGCAAGGAUUGCUCGAAACAAGUAUAUGAAGGCGACUUCAGCUAUUGUUCGUGUGAUUCAGAGAGUUGUGAAGACAGCAACAAGUGUUACUGUGCUGGACCACGACGAGCGGCAGAGCAAAGUUCAGAAAGCCUUGAGUAUUUGCAGAACCCAUCGCAGAAGACGUACGCUGACAAAUUGAAACGAGCGUUCGAUGAUCAGGAUGGGAAAGUUAGAAACAGAUCUGGUGCAUCCAGUCGGCGUCGCGAGGAGCGUCGUCGUGCUCGAAGUAGCGACAGCCUCGCUCUUGACUACGAGAUACUGCUGCAGAACAAGCCUCGAGACACCAGACCCCGCAACAUGCAGCGGCUCACAGUUCGAAGUACAGGUGCGGGGUCACACGACGCCCUGAGCGUUAAGAAAUCUGCAGAAAUGGCUGCACUAUUCGCUGAUGUUCGCCUGUCCCAGAGAACGGAUGUUAGGUCUCUGGCCGGGGGGCGAAGACCCAGGCCGCCGGCUCUACCACCGUCAGGAGCUCCCCCACUCGCAAGAAUGUUCGACCACAGACCACCUAAUAGAAAUCCUAGCUUAGAAGACACCCUUGGUUACUUUCCGUGAUUCAUAAACUCAACCUGCAAAUGAAUUUUUACUUACAUAAUUACUCUGUAAAAAUAUUGUAUAAUGUUAAAUAUAUUCAUGAAAAAACUAAUAACAUUAAUAAUAUAUAAAAUUAUAAUUGUAUAUACAAAUAACCCUGGUGAAUAACAACUCCUACAGAAUAAAGUGCUGAAUAUGCUUGAGAAUUUUGCACUCCCAAGCCAUAUAUUUAUAUAUAUAUUAUACAUAGACUUAAUAUUUUUAAUACAUCCAACUGCAUUGUUGAAGAAUGGAUAAUUCUAAAGUCAAACAUGAACAUUAACAACUUGAAUUGAGUAUGUGCGAAGUUUUUUUCUUUGCAAAACGUCGCCAAAAAUCGGAAUUUUAUUAAUUGUAUUUGUUCAUCGCAAUUAUUUUCUAUCCGGAUAGUUGGAAAUAAAAAUUGGUUGUCUUUAAAGUCGGUUUACGGACGAUCAUUAAGUGAUGACGUCAUUAGAAAAUAUUUUUUAUACGAUCGUUAAUACGAGUCAUAAUAUUUUUUUGGUCAAAAUUGUAACAAUAUAUUAUUACUACACUCGCCAACUAAUGCUUCUUUUUUAACGAAGUGGCUAUUUGUACGGGUACUGGACAAAUAAAAUAUUUAUUCGUAUGAUUCAUUUUCUUUUAAAUUACGACAUUUUAUAAUGUCAAAGCUUAAAAAAGAAUUUCAGUGAUAUUAUUGUCAAUCGAUUAGGUAGAUUGUCAAUCGACUUCAUUUCUUACAAUUUAACGACCUGGUUUCAGUGCCAUUGUAAUGUCACGGGUAUACUAUAGUGAUAUUGUAAGACAAUGAUAUUUUGACAAUUUUACUGAUCGUUAGUUUAUGAGGCCGUCGCUGAUUGGUCUUUUUCUUGUAUUUAUUGUAUUGUCAUUAUUUUAUAUUUAUACAUUAGUGUAAUCAACAAAUUGUUAUCUAAUUGAAUCGGCUUUUAUUCACUAGUGGGUCCCAAAAACAAAUAAGGACUGUUGACCACAACGCACGAGCCGAGCGUAGCGUGCCGCGGCAGCGACCGGCGAGUUCAGGUACCGAAUCGGCCUUGUUCACUAGUAGGUCUCAAAACAAAUUUUAAUAAUAAUAAAUAGUUCGUACAGUACCCGUAUUGGACUACAGAUAAAAUAGACUUAGCCUUUUUUUUUAAAAGAACAAGAUACGUAACAAGCCGAACGCUUGGGUCACUCUAUCGCUUGUUCCGCGCUCUUGGAUCGCUUUUUCGUGGACUUAAAUGUUAUAGAUGGUAUUAAGUCAAAAACUUAGGUCAAUAAUAAAUAUCCUUAAUUAUUUUAAGAUACUUAUUUAAUCUUAAACUGUGAAUCUCAUUUUUAUACCACCUGAUUACGACUAAAGUCACCUUGAAUGACUUCAAACGUCAUUUUAAAUUGUCUUAAGAUUAUAUUCGAUUCAGAGUUUCAAUUUGCAUGAGAUUGUUAGUAUCGACUAUUUAACUUAUCAGUCAAAUAGAUUUAGAUGGAAAUGACUGGGUGUUGCGAGCGUUUGACACAAGCCUUGUGUAAUGACUAUAAUUAAAUCAACUGCAUUAUUUUUAUGUGUAGCAUUACUAUGUUAUGUAAACUAUUUCAUUUAAAGAUAUUUUGAAAUAAAUUCAGGCUCUGUAUUAAAUAAGUCAUAGCAUAUUUUCUGUAUGAUAAAAAUACGUGCAAUAAUGCAAUAAUAGUGCAAUGUUAUAA